AGGAUGUUUAGUCAGAGCAGUCCCAGAUACAGAUAAACACAGUGUAGUGUAGUGAAAGCAACGCAUCCUCUCCGUCAACCCAUUCUCUGUGUCUCUUUAGCGUUACGUGGACGGCGGGAUCAGCAACAACCUGCCGCAGUCGGAGCUGAAGAACACCAUCACCAUCUCUCCCUUCUCCGGCGAGUGUGACAUCUGUCCCCGCGACAACUCCACCAGCUUCCACGAGCUGCGCUUCACCAACACCAGCAUCCAGAUGAACCUGGGCAACAUGUACCGCCUCAGCAGGGCCCUGUUUCCACCAGAACCCAAGGUCCUGGCUGAGAUGUGUCAGAGCGGUUAUAAGGAUGCUCUACGCUUCCUUGAAGAAAACAACCUGCUGAUGCUGGAGCAUCCGACCUCGGGCCUCGCCCCGCCAGAGAGCCCGCCAGAGAGCCCGUCCGCCUGCUGCGGCAAGCACACGGAAACCAACAAAGAGUGGGUCCUCCGGAGGCUCCGCCUGCUGCGCAAACAGCACUGGUGGCUGGAUGAGCAGAUCGUUCUGCCCACGUCCAUCAAGAAAGUGUUCUGCGAGGCCUGCCAAGACAAACCCGGCCUGUAUGCCAAGGUGUCCGGGAUGCUGCCAGUGAGAGUGGCCUCCUACAUGCUCAUGCCGUACACGCUUCCUGUACAGUCGGCCUACUCAGUGGCCCAGAGGUUAGUGGAGUGGAUCCCAGAGGUGCCAGCGGAUAUGCGCUGGCUGUUUGGGGUGGCAGGUGACAUGUACCAACAGGCCUGGAGAGGAGCACCAGCCAUCAGAGAGCCGUGCCUGAGGAAAUGCUUGAGCGAGCCGCCUCUACCUACAGAGUGUGAUAAACCCAUGCAGGGAGACAACCCGCCUCCUCUUUCCUCCCUAGACCUCCACGGCAGCUACUGGGAGAUCCCCAAAUCUACCUCCUCCCACCAUCAUCCUCACAUCGCCCUCUCCUCUCCGCAAAAAGUUAGCUUCUACGUCGGCUCGCAGGAUGAACCUGAAUGAUUCAGGACCUGCACUUUGACAAUCAUGACCCCUCUUCCUGUGAGGAGGAGCUGGUGGAUCGACGGGGUGGUACAGAUUUGAACCAGCAAACAAAAUGUUUUCAAGGAAACGCACAUUUAAUCUCUGACUCUGAACACUCCAGGCGGCACCGACUGUAUUAUAUUUUAACGAGUGCUCUGGAGAACUCACUCAGGAUCGUGGAUGUGUCUUUUAUGACCUUUUUUUUUAUGUACAGCACUAGAAAAGUGUCUAGUUUUACAAUCUAACUACAACCCUACCUACCUGUUGGUUUAAAAUAUACUCAAUGUAGCAUUCAUU